GUGUAAACUGAAUUUAAACCGUCCGAAUGGUUUUUAAAAAUAACGUGCCUUUUUAUUAAGCCUUAACCUAAUUACAUUCGCACUGAGUUUAGUUUCAGGUUACACCCCUGUUACAGUGGGUAAUUCUAGAACCAGUGACAAGAUGAAGUACAGCGAGCUGGUAAAAGAGGCCAUUCAGGUAUUGGACAAGUACGAACCUGACAAGCAGCGUGUGGACACUUUUGUAGACGAAUCUGCCAAGAUCCUUGAGAAUUGUCCAUCAAGUGAGCAGAAGUUUAUCAUCGACAUUGUUUAUGGAUGUUUUGCACAUCAAAAGCUUUUAAAUGUUGUGGUCAAUGUCUUUUACGACCAGAAGGGAAAAUUAUUUUUAAAGGCUGAUCGGAAUCAAUUUGUUGUUGUCUUGUACAUCACCAUGUUUCAUCUUGAUGACCUGGGUUGGGAACAGUUUAGUGCAGUGAUUAAGUCACUGGACAGCUCAAAAAUGUACAAAUUCCUGAGUUUCUUCUUAAAUUCCACCAACCUCACCACAUGGAUCCAUGGAGAGUGGAGUCAAAUCUAUGAUGCUAACUAUGUAGAGCGCAGAUGGAUAGCACCACUGUUAAGCUGGCAGAAUGAGAUUGACGAUUUGUUAGAUCAGCUUGGGAAAAAAAUGACAAAGGACAUCUUGCCAAGGAAAUCCCCUAAGAGGUACACUGAACCUCAGGAGUUUGAUCUGACAAAACCCAAACCUCGUCCACUUCCUGUUCCUGACUUGAUUUCACAGCAAGAAAAUACAAAGCUGGUACCUGUCAGCACAUACAAGGCUCCCAAAGAACAACAGUUUUUAGAAGACAUCAAACAGAAGAAUCACCUGAAAGCACAGCAAGUAUUGUAUGAAGCAAGUACUCAACAGUUCCGAUGUGCAAACCCAGAAAAGUCAGAGAAAACCAAAAACAUAGUGUCCCAGAUUCAGCAGAACCUGGACACCAAACUUAAAUUUGACACUGUUUACUCUUCUGGAACUCCAGCUACCCAUAAGAUAAACAACUUACCCAUCAGACUAAACACAACAGCUAUCUUGCGUGAGGGAGCAUUGUAUAAUCGUCAGAUGGAAGAGGAGCGGAACAGGCUUGAGCAUCUGAUGCAGGGUGCUAGUGAGCCUUCAGCAUUUCUGCAGUGGCAGAAGGAGAUGAGGGAGAAGGAUCUCCAUGAUGAGCUGGCUCAGCUGGAACGCAGGAGACUAGAAGGAAAAAUCAGCCAUGAGGAAGCCCUGCUGGCCCGACAACGUGUCCUGGAGCAGAACCAGCACAAAGCAUUGCUUAAAAAGGAAGAGAAAGCAGAGCUGAUGCGCAAGUAUGCAGAAAAGCGACUGGAGGAAGAAAGAGAGAUGAAAGAGUUGGUGCAUCAGGUGGCCAAUGGCCAUAAAAACUCCAAAGCUGCCAAAGUUAAACUGCAGGAGAUCAAGAAACGCAUUGUUAAGGAGGUUUCUGAGCAGAGCCAGGAGAUGCUUCGACAGGCGCUAGAGAAUGCUCAAGCUGAACUGAGUCGGAAGUUUGAGCUCAUCCGUCAGAUUCGGGCUAUUGAGUCAGUACCUCAUAUUAAUCAAAGGUUUAUGGACGACACAGAGACAGGUGGACACGAACUUCUCAGUGAGAUGUCCCUGGCAGAACUAAGAGAACGCUUGGCCAGGCUAAAGGAGGAGGAGCGACAAGAGCAGGAAAAAAGGAGACAGAAGAUCUUAGAGGAGAAGCAGAGCAGAGAACAGCUACUGCUCGAGCAGUUAGACACUAUUGCUACACGCAGAACUGCCGCAGGACUUGUCACUGCACGAAAGCAGGUGGAAAAGGAAACAAAACUGAAGCUGAACAGAGCAGUUAGCAUGGAUGACAGAGUGAUGGCCCUGCAGAGGACACUAGAGAUGAAACAGCAGGAGAGACAGAAAAUUAAAGAAAAUCGAAAAGCCAAAGAAAAGAUAAAUGAACAGAUCGCAACUCAGAAAGUCAAGAGCUACACUCAUAAAAAGCAGCAGGUACUGGAGGAGCAGCACUGGCUAGAGCUGGAGCAGACUUUAGAGAAACAAGUCCAGAGAGCAGCAUCUAGAAGAAAUACUUCCUCGAGUCAAGAAAUAACUACAUAAAAACAACUACAACCAUU